AUGACGACCGAGUCUACCAACUACGAUCAAUUAAAGAGGCUGAUUCAAAUUCGACGAGGAAAUAGUUCCGUUGUCACUAAACUAGAGAAUGAAGUUUCGUCAAUAAUUUCGAGAGUUAGUGCCAGUGAAGCUUCUAGCAAUUCAGCUACAAAGGCUAACUUAUUAGCAAGAGUCGAGUCUAUUUCAACAUCCCUGAAGCAGAAACAUCAAUACAUUACGGAGUUGAACGAACAAAUAAUCAACAAAAUCGACACACCGCUCAAAGACAAAGAGAUCGAUGAGACUUCAGAAUGGGAUGCAACGGUUUUUGAAGUUAUCAACAAAAUUGAGCAAAUAAAGUUGGGAAGUUAUACGCGAGAUCCACAGCCCCCUGGCAUACCGAUUGGCCAGAUCGAGAUGGCCACGAUUAAACAACAUAUUUCAUCAUUUGAUGAUGAAUGCCCGGAGGUGGUUAAUGUUUUGAGCCAUCUAUAUGCCGACGACCUUUCGUGUAGUGUUAAUACUAGAGAAGAGGCAUUUCAUUUAUACAAGAAAUCAAAAGAAAUUCUAGCUAAGGGCGGCUUCAACUUACGUAAGUGGAAAACAAACGACAAGGCACUCUUAGCACGUAUCCAAGCGGUCGAAGGCUCUAACGUUGGGGCAAAUGAAAAUAACAGUGAGCCUCAAGUUGCAGAGGACGAUCAGUCAUAUAGCAAAUUUAGUAUAGGGCUUCCCACCACGGACCACACAACUAAAAUAUUGGGGGUAAACUGGCGACCUGAGGCAGAUGAGUUGUUUUUCGAUUUACACCAAGUACACCAAUUUGCUAAGCAAUUGCCGCCAACGAAACGCUCCUUAUUGAAGGUCGCCGCAAAAAUAUUCGAUCCUCUAGGGUGUCUUAGUUUGUUCACAAUAAAACUAAAGGUUUUCUUUCAGGAGUUGUGCAUCGCGAAAGUUCCCUGGGACGAACCGUUAUUAGGCGACAACCUUAAGCGUUACGACACAUUAAUUUCAGAUAUCAGUGGCGUUAAGGGUAUCAAAUUACCACGUAGUUUUGCGAAGCUAGGGCAGAGGGUCAAAGCAGUCGAAAAACAUGCCUUUUCAGACGCUAGCGAGCGGGCCUAUGCUAGUGUUGUAUAUUUACGCGUUUUGUAUGAAUCGGGGGAGGUCGAAAUUCAAUUUGUUUCUUCGAAAGCCAAGGUAUCCCCCAUCAAGAAACAAAGUAUCCCUCGCCUUGAGCUAUUAGGGGCAACACUUAUGGGCCGUCUUGUUAAUUCUGUGCGUAACGUUUUGCAAGAAGAGUUUCCAACUACGCCAUUAAAAACAUUCUAUUGGGUUGAUUCCAUGGCCACGCUAUGCUGGAUUAAAAACAAGAAGGUGUGGAAACAAUUUAUUCGCCAUCGCAUCAAUGACAUUUUAGAUGUUUCCAAUAGGGAGGAAUGGUUUUACUGCCCUGGACCCCAGAAUCCAGCAGAUUUGCCAUCGAGGGGUAAGGUUGGGUCUUCUCUAUCCACUAAUUCUUUCUGGUGGGAGGGUCCUGAGUUCCUCAAGCUCGACCCCAGUGAAUGGCCACAACCCCCAAACGAGUUUACAAGUUCAGAGGCAAUGGAGGAGAAGGUAAAGUAUGACCCUGAAGUUACCCACGUUAUGGUUAAUUCAGAAGAGCCAGUAUCCUUAAAUCUGGAAAGUGUUUUCGACAUUCGUAAAUACAGUAGCAAAGGCAAGUUGUUAAGAACUCUUUCUUGGGUUUUGCGCUUCGUAGACAAUUUAAAAGCAAGGCUAAGUUGCAAAUCGAUUAACAAGGAAAACGAAAUAUCGGCAGACGAAACUUGCAGAGCUGAGAUGGUCAUUGUUAAGUCUAUUCAAAACCAAGCAUUUAAGAUAGAAUUGCAGUAUCUUUCUAAAGAUAAUAAGAGUAGAAGUAAGGCGCCACUGUAUGUAAGCCAAUUCAAUCUUUUUCUGGAUGAGCACGGAGUAUUGAGGUGUAGAUCUAGAGUAAACAAAUCUUCGGUCAUUGAUUCAGGGAAAAAUCCCAUCUUACUUCCCCCAGGUAAUCAUUAUGCCUUCUUAUUAAUUCAAGAGUCGCACAGAAUGGUAUUUCACAAUGGAACGCGUGAAACAUUAAAUUUGUUGCGUCAAACGUAUUGGGUUCCACGAGGCAGAGAAAUGGUAAAGAAAUAUGUUCGCAAAUGUCUUUUAUGUAAGAAACUAGAAGGGUUGCCAUUUCGUACAACUUUCAACCCAGAUUUGCCGCAAGCUCGAGUAGACGACGGUCCACCAUUUUCAAAUACUGGUCUCGAUUUCGCAGGGCCCCUUGUCGUCAAGUAUGCAGGAGACACCACUAAAAAGUGUUAUGUUUGUUUAUUCACCUGUAUGUCUACAAGAGCGAUUCACCUUGAAUUAGUAGAGUCAUUAGAGGUUGAUGCGUUUUUUAAAGCAUUCCGAAGAUUUUGCGGUCGUAGAGGGUUACCUUCUACCCUUUGGAGUGAUAAUGCCAAAACAUUUAAGUCAGCAAGUAUAGAAGUUAAGAAGUUACUAAGAUCACCCAGGUUUUACGAGUCCUUGUCUCUGAGAUGUGUUGAGUGGAAAUUUAUAACGGAAAAAAGUCCGUGGGAAGGUGGAGUAUGGGAAAGAUUCUUUUCAAAAUCCUCCUACGCAGUUGCCAUUGCAGCCAGCAGCGCAAUCGCCUUCGCAGCAGCGUACGCAGUUGCCUAUGCAGGCAAACACUAG